CCGGUUCCAUGCAACACACCACUGCCUCUUUGCAGCGACGCCUUGAAGAAGCGGAAGAGCAUUUCCUCUCCGCUCUGUCCUCUCAAGACGACAUAGCCUUAGAGGCUUUCAGAAAAUGCUGGGAAGCCCUUUGUCUAGAUUUCGAAGACGCUUUCCACGCGGGUAUCGUGGACGACUCUUUACGAAAGCUUGCUCAGUACAUAUCCUCUAUAGUCGUCAUUCUCGACGAGAGCCUCUUUCAUCUGCAACAGGAAGUGAAAACCGCGUCGUUCAUGUCUGAAAUUGACGAAUUAUUCGCGAAGAUGGCCAUCGACGACAUUGUGGAACCAGCCCCUCUCGACCGUGCAAUGGCAUCACGUACACGGCGCGAAAACGCGGCCGAGGACAAGGCUUCGUCGUCUCUUCCUCCUAUCAUUCCACUGGCUUUCGAUUGGCUGGUGGAAAACCUGCAGAAUCCUUAUCCAACGACUGCAUUAAAAUUGUCCAUGGCUACACAAGCAGGAAUCUCUUUUCGCUCCAUGGACGAAUGGUUCAAGUCCGUUCGUCGCCACAUUGGCUGGGUGUCGAUCGUGAAGAGACAUUUCAAAGGCUCGCGGGCUCUUGCGAUUGCUGCGGCAGAGCGAGUUCUCUCCCAAAACGGUGGCGAUACAACUACUUCCUUCGAGAUCGCUGCAGACCUCCUAGCAAUGAGGUCAGAGCUGGUUAACCUCUACCCGAAUGCCAAACAACAUUCUUGCAGACACGCUCCAUCAUCAUCAUUGCCUCGCGCGGACUCGCAAAAGCCAUCGUCGUUUCUUCCAUAUUCGUCCUUGACUUGCGGCAGCUUUUCUUCGAUCUCCGAGCUAUCUGGGGGCUCGCAGUCGCCACCCUCCACCAGACCACCGUCACUUAUAUUUACGUCCACGGACAGCGAGGAUGAUGACCGCCUGUCAUUGCUCACACGCAGUUCGCCCACCAUAUCGCAUUAUGAGUUUGACUUGCAGCUGUCGAGAGAGUCCUACAACGAUUCCGCAACAUCAGGACUUUUGCCCAACCUCCCUGGCCUCGUAUAUCCUCCCGACUCAUCACAAGAUGUUCCAUCUUCAUCACCCGUCACAGAGUCCGCCUGGUGGCCGGCUCAUAUUUACGAUGAUCCAGUCCUAUCAAUCAACACCCAUUUCUCUUCGACAACCACCGUCACCAGAAAGCGUCGAAGGUCUAACGCAGACGUUGUGCCGCUGACGAAGCGUCCUAGGAAAAACUCCACACCGGCCUCGACGAAGCCACAAGCGGUCUCUACCUCCCUUCCUCAACGUCGAGUACAUUACGAUGGCCCUUCUUCCGAUUGCGACACUUCUUCCAAGAAAGGUGGCGCAAACUCAACGCUCGACUCUCGGUUGGUGAUCGACUCCUGCUGUUCCCUUCACAAGGUCCGGCCUGCUGAAUCAUGUGCCGACCAAAUUGCUACUGUUGACAGAUCCACGAUCGUAAACGUCAACCCACCUCAGCAUAAUUAUGCCGCAUGCAUUCGUACCGUACCGUCGCCUACCACGCUAAGGCAAACUCCCCCCCUCAUCGAUGCCGGCGUACCGGAGUUGAGCCCUGAAGCACUAAAAGAGAUGCUCGACGACAUUUUAUCGAACUUCCACGUAGAUUCAACGCUAGCCAACGAGGUACCGCCACCCCUUCAACUACCCUUCACUGAGGAUAGCCAUGUACCAAAUCCGUCUAUGGACCUUCCUCUAGAGCAGCGAGAAGAGUUUGGUCUUCUACUUGCAUCUGCCGAAUUACAACUUCCGGAGUUUGACGAAGCUCUAUGGGAGAGCAUCUUCGAAUCGUCGGUGGUUCCGUUGCACGAUGUCCUAUCACAACCGACUAGUUCCUCCUAGCUCGUCAAUCUCAUCCGCCUUGUAUUCUCGCCCUACAAAGGACACAAGGAAACAGCGUCCAGCGUUGACAAGGACUAAGCGUCCUCGCGGCCAUUCUCUCCUCCAUACCAUUAUCUAUCCUUCAACUCAAGUGCAUCAAUACUUACAUCGUCUUUACAGGAUAAGCUCCCGGCCUGCCGUUACCGCCUGAAGACCGCUAUUCUCGCUCAUCGUUUGCGGCUCUGCACUAAGACGACAAUCAUCUGCUUACUCUUUGCUUCUCGGUGCUUUUUAUUGCUAUAUAUCUCCCUGUAGUUUAUGCUUGAUUUGCCCAUUGUCUCAAGAACAACCUUUGGGUCCACCAUCGCAUAUCUCAAGUCGUGACAUGCAAGACAGGCUCGUGUCAGCCUCAGGAAAACAAGGGUGCCUCCGGCAUGCUCGUCGUCGUACCGUCUUGUCAUUCUUUGUACAAGGCCCAGCGACAACGCAUGUACUCGCUUGCGGCGACCGACUAGCAGAGAAGCUCACGAGAAACACAUGUCCAUCCCCACCUACGUACUUCCAAUGUACACCUGUCAUCCUUCACGUUCUAGCCUGGAAUGGCACCUCAUAAAGUCCAGCUGCUUCCGGCUCACUAUAACCCUGCAAAUCGCUCGACCGAAUUCGU